UCUGUGCUCUUCGCUUGCCGUCCGGAGCCCUGCCUGUCACUGUGGAUCAUGCUGACCCUGCUUCGCAGCCGGGCGCUCCUUUACCGACCUGCAUGGAGGGCGAGAGCCGCCUCGGGAGCGGCCAGCAGCAAUGAGAGCUCCGGUCAGAGGAAGUACCGGGACACGGUGCUGCUGCCAACCACCGACUUCCCUAUCCGCAGGAGUCCUCAGGACACAGCCGAGACCGAGCUGCGGGUGCAGGAGGAAAGUAAGUUUUUACAACUGUAUGCCUGGCAGAGAGCGCAGAAGACUAAAAAGGAAUUCGGUCUCCACGAUGGACCUCCGUAUGCCAAUGGGGACCCUCAUGUCGGCCAUGCCCUCAAUAAGAUCCUUAAGGACAUUACCAACCGUUUUCACAUGAUGAGGGGCUACAGAGUGAGCUACGUGCCAGGGUGGGACUGUCACGGGCUGCCCAUAGAACUAAAAGCCCUAGCAGACCUCGGAGAAGAAGCUGACAGUUUGUCCGCCAUAGAGAUCCGGCGCAAAGCCAGGAAUUUUGCAGAAAAAGCUAUCGAGAAGCAGAGAGACUCUUUCAUCCGCUGGGGUGUAAUGGCGGACUGGGAUAACUGUUAUUACACGUUUGACCCGAAGUACGAGGCAAAGCAACUGGAUAUCUUUUACAAGAUGUACGAGAAGGGUCACAUAUACCAGGAUUACAAGCCGGUAUUCUGGUCGCCUUCCACCAGAACUGCCCUGGCCGAGGCAGAGUUGGAAUACAAUCAGGAACACGUCAGCCGUUCCGUCUUUGCCAAGUUUCCGGUCCAGAAGCCUCCUCCUAAGCUCGCUUCCAUGAUGGAUGGUUCCUCGCAGGUCAGUGCCCUGAUUUGGACAACUCAGCCAUGGACCAUUCCUGCGAAUCAAGCCGUCUGCUACAUGCCAGACACGGAAUACUCGCUGGUGAAAUGUGUAAACACUGCAGAAUAUUACAUCUUGGCAGCAGAUCGCAUCGACUCCACUGAGCUUUCCCUGGGCACCAAGCUUGAGGUCGUGUCCACGUUUAAAGGAGCCGACCUAGAGGACGGUGUCUGCUCUCAUCCCACAAUUCCUGAGCGCUCCUCUCCUCUGCUGCCCGCAAACCACGUCACUAUGGCCAAGGGUACUGGGCUGGUGCACACCGCGCCUGCCCACGGCAUCGAGGAUUACAGCGUCGCUUCCCAUCACAAGUUACCCGUGGAUUGUUUGGUGAACGAAGCUGGCUGCUUCACGGUCGAUGCAGGAGUUGAUCUUGCCGAUAAAGCCGUGUUGAGUGAUGGCAAUGAAGCCGUGGUACAGAUGUUACUUGGCUCUAAGAAUCUUCUCAAGGAAGAAAAGUUUGUGCACAGUUACCCGUACGACUGGAGGACAAAGAAACCCGUCAUCAUCCGAGCCAGUAAACAGUGGUUCGUCAACACGGCAGACAUCAAGGCCAAAGCUCAGGAGUCUUUAAAAAAGGUGAAAUUCGUUCCUGCCUCCGCUGCCGGCCGCAUGCUGGAGAUGUUGGAUCGUCGGACGUAUUGGUGCAUCUCGAGGCAGAGAAGCUGGGGAGUCCCGAUCCCGGUAUUUUACCAUAAGAAGACUCGAGAGCCGCUCAUUAACCGACACAGCAUCGGGCAUAUAACGAAGCUGGUGGAGCAGCACGGCAGCGAUGUGUGGUGGACCCGUCCUCUAGAAGAGUUACUUCCCAAAUCUGUGUUGCAGCAGGCCGGUGAGGGUUCUGAAGUGCUGGAUUUCGAGCCCGGGCGGGAUGUAUUGGACAUCUGGUUUGACAGCGGAACAUCUUGGGCCAAUGUUUUGGAAGAUGCGGAACAAAGAGCGGACGUUUACCUGGAAGGGAAAGACCAGCUUGGCGGUUGGUUCCAGUCCUCCCUGCUCACCAGCGUGGCCGCUAGAAACAAAGCGCCGUAUAAAAACGUGGUUGUUCACGGCUUCACUUUAACCGAAAAGGGAGAAAAGAUGUCCAAGUCCCUGGGAAACGUGGUCGAUCCGGAUGUUGUGAUUAACGGCGGACCCGAUAAGCUGAAGGAGCCCCCGUACGGAGCCGACGUCCUCCGCUGGUGGGUGGCGGAGUCCAACGUGUUCGCCGAGGUGCACAUCGGGCCGGCGGUGCUGAAUUCUGCCCGCGACGACAUCAACAAACUGCGGAACUCCUUGCGCUUCAUGUUGGGGAACCUGAACGGUUUCAGCCCGGAGGCGGAUUCCGUGCCCACCUCCGAGAUGCACGUGAUCGAUCAGUACAUGCUGCAUGUGCUGCAGGACUACGCCAGCAAGGUUUCUGAAGCAUACAAGGGAUACGAUUUCGGGAAAGUUACUCGCCUUUUGGAAGCUUUGAUCACAAGAGACUUAUCCAGCUUCUACUUCAGUAUAAUUAAAGACAGGCUGUACUGCGAGGAGGAGACGGGUCUGAAGCGGCGUUCGUGUCAGACCGUGUUGGCGGCGGCGCUGGAUGUCCUGGUCCGCUCGUUCGCUCCAAUUCUCCCCCAUUUGGCAGAGGAGGUCUUCCAGUAUCUUCCGUAUAAAAAAGACUCUGAUGGCGUUUUCCGCUCCGGUUGGAUAAAUUCGAACUCCGUAUGGAAGAAGCCAGGGUUGGUGGAAGCGGUAGAGGCCGCCUGUUCCAUCAGAGAUGCCUUCCUCGGCUCGAUCCCGGGAAAGAAUGCCGCGGAAUACGACGUCACUGUGGUCAUCGAAGCGGGUCUCCUCUUUGAGUUAAUGGAGAUGCUUCAGGCCGAUGAGACAUCGAGCACAUCUCAGCUGAACGAGUUGCUGAUGUCCUCGCACACCACGUUGGUGACCGAGAUGCCACUAGAUCUGCCAGCCGAGGCCUCCGUAAUCGAAGGAUCCUUUCUCAUCCACAUGGAAGACGGAGACAUUCGUGAAGAGGAGUUCUAUAAAGUAUUGGUUCGGCCGAGCACCAAAGAGCGCUGCCCCCGCUGCAGGAAAUUUACCGCUCUGUCGCCUUUAACCCCGUGCCCUCGGUGUCUGGACGCCAUUGCCGAGAAGUGGAGCCAUUAGUCGUGGGGUGCGAAAAGUUUAUAAGCAGAGACCGGACCGCGCGCUCAAAGAGAAAUCCCCAAAACAAAUAAACUUGCGUGGAAACUGAUGCCACCGACACGCGUGCCUUUAGGAGGAAUCCAGUCGCGAGCUGCUAUGAAGCCGCCCCAAACCAGAGAGCCUGACGACACCAGACGCCCGCUAGAAGACAUUGUUUGGUCAUUGGAGGUUAUUCCGGUGCAGGAACACGGGGCCGGUGACAUUAUGGGGCCAUCGCUAAGAUUCGGCCAAUUCAGUUUCUAAUGUUAAUAAUAAUCCGCAAUAUAUGAUGUACUUUAAUGUAAAGCAGAUUAUAAAAUCAGGGCGUUAUUCACUAAACCUUGCAUCUAGGCGAGACAUGUCUUCCGACUGUAUAAAGUAUCCUUUACGCAGGGCUGACCUGAUCUGCAGGAAUGGCCGAGUCUGCCGUGUUUACUUGAAUGUCGUCUCACAGAUUUAAGUCGGUGCCGCGCAGGGUGAAGCUGAUUAAGGGAAAUAUUUCAUGUCUGCGGAACUUUGUUUAGUGAAUAAGCCCCCAAUAGCGUGUCCAUAGCUUUCGGCCCUGAUGCGGCCCGUGUGGCAUAUACUAUAAAGCACUUCUGGUCUUCGUGUGGGUUGUAUAUAUUAUAGUCUAUAGAAAGAAUGCUUUCUGAUUCAAGUUCUCUCGACUUUACUCAAAGGAUAUUUUACUAAAAA